UUCAAAAAUUCAAAAAUUUAAAAAUUCAAAAAUAGACUCGGAAGAUCCUUGAGAUUCUGAAUGAAAUCUGUGGGAUAUCGCUUUCCAAACAGUCAGAUUUUGUAUGAGGAUUGUGUAUCUUCUUGAUCAUGAUAGCUUCCCAUUUAAAAUGUCACACUCUUGUUCUUCAUCACACACCACAGUUUAAUCUUCAUCUCUGUUCCUCUUUUCUUUUCUUUUCUUCAUCUGUUUAUAUUCUCCUUUGAGUUAUCGAUUAUGGCUAUGGCUUUAGAGACUCGGUUCCAUGUUUUGGCUGUUGAUGACAGUCUCAUUGACAGAAUGUUGAUUGAGAGACUCUUGAAAACCUCUUCCUUCAAUGUUACUACAGUUGAUUCUGCUACCAAGGCCUUAAAGUUUCUUGGUUUGGUUGAAGAUGAAUUCAGGACUUUUGAAUCUUCUGUUGCAUCACAAAUUCAUCAGGAUGUGGAUGUUAACCUGAUUAUAACAGAUUACUGUAUGCCAGGAAUGACUGGUUAUGAUCUGCUGAGAAAAAUAAAGGAAUCUAAAUCACUUAAAAACAUACCAGUUGUGAUUAUGUCCUCUGAGAAUGUGCCAUCAAGGAUCAACAGAUGUUUGGACGAAGGAGCAGAGGAAUUCUUUCUGAAACCAGUUCAACAAGCAGAUGUGAAUAAGCUGAAGCCACAUUUGAUGAAAUCAAGAACAAAAGAAGAGAAUGAGCAACCAUUGAAUAACAAAAGAAAGGACAUGGAAGAAAUUUAUUCUCCAAACAAAACCAGAUUGAGAUGUAGCAGUUAGAAGAAUUGGUUACAGAUUGAUCAAUAAAGCAUAGGUAGUGCUUAGAAAAUUUUCAUUUCUAUGUCAAAGUGCUGGUUGGAAAUUUGAAAAUUAGAUUACAAUCAAUGAGUCAAUUAUGCAGAAAAAAAAAGGAUAUAGAUAGUAAAAGUCAUUGAUGUAAAUAUUCUGAGAAAGAAUUUUAUUCAAUUUUGGUG